AUGACCUACAUAGCUGAAGUGAACAGUUGCAGAGAAACAGGCUAUUAUGGAUCAGAUUGUUCCCGUCCCUGUCCUGAUACCAACUGUCGUUAUUGUAACAUAGAGACAGGUGCUUGUCUGGGGUGUAAACCUGGAUACCAAGGGCAUCAGUGUGAAUUACCCUGUAGCAAAAAUUUCUAUGGGGAGUCCUGUAAGGAGGAAUGUGGUAACUGUAGUGACGGAGAGACUUGUAACAGUGUCAACGGAACGUGUACAAACGGAUGUGACAUCGGGGUUUAUGGAGAUAGAUGCAAAACACCAUGCUGGAAUGGAACUUUCGGGAAAAACUGUAAUGAGAGUUGUAACGUAAAUUGCGGUUUACCAGGAACCUGUAAGAGGACAACAGGAGAAUGUGAGGGCGGAUGCCAGCCCGGCUGGGAGGGACCUCAAUGCAAUAAUGUUUGUUCAGACUAUAGGUACGGAAUGAACUGUAGUCAGCGUUGUGGGAAAUGUCGAAAUCCGUCGAGAUGUCAUCACAUCAAUGGCAGUUGUUUGAAUGGAUGUGCAAAAGGAUACAAAAAAGUACACUGCACUGAAGGAUGUAGCUCGGACACAUACGGGUUUGACUGCUUGAACAACUGUAGCACCAGCUGUAUUAAUAAUACGUGUGACCCUGUCACUGGAUAUUGUCCUAUUAUAGAGGUGAUAUUUUUCCUACAAUGUCCUAGUGUUUUCACAAAUCAUUUUCCAAGACACUACAGUGUUAUUAAUCCCUCACAGAACUAUGUUAUUAGCAGUUUUGGUUCAGUCAUCGGAGGGAUAUCUGGUCUUGUCAUUGCCAGCAUUCUUAUUGCAGUUCUAGUUAUGGUUUUAAGAAUGCGCAGUCUACAGGAAGAAAGAAGAGAACAAAUUGAAAGACUUAAACAUCCCGAGACUGGAGCUGAGGGGACAGAUUCCAGUGAUUCAAAACCUCUGACCUCAACCAAACACCAAAGAAGUAAACACAAAGAUAGUGGAAAUCGCAAACAUUCUAGACGCAAGAAGAAAGGUGAAGAUGCUGAUGUUGAUGAAGAUGAGUUGAUACACUCGGAGAAUCCCUAUGGGGACCUUUACGCAAAUGAAACAACAAUUCGAGACAUACCUCUAAAUCAGCUGGAAUCAGUUAUAGCUGAGAAAAGAAAGGAUAAAGAUGACAGGUUUCAAAGAGAAUAUGCGACAUUACCAUACGGGGAACUAUACAAGUGUGACGCUGGAAAGAGAGAGGAAAAUGUGAUUAAAAAUAGAUAUAAAACUACAUUUCCCUAUGACCAUUCUAGAGUUAUAUUAAGAACGGAGUCAGGAUCCGACUACAUCAAUGCAAACUAUAUUGAGGGUGCAGAGAGAGAAAGAGAGUAUAUCGCAGCACAAGGCCCAAAGCCGAAUACACUUGACGAUUUUUGGGAGAUGGUUUGGCAAGAAAAUGUGUUCUCCAUUGUCAUGCUGACAAACUUGAAAGAAGGAGCUAAAGUCAAAUGCCAUCAGUAUUGGCCGGAUGCAAAUAAGAACGUCAACUACGGUUCGGUGUAUGUGAAAUUGAUGGAGGAAAAAGAAUACGCAUUCUACAUCGUACGAAAGAUGACAGCAAGGCACAGUGAAUCGAAGGAAUCACGAUCGGUGACUCAGUACCAUUACACGGCGUGGCCAGACCAUGGAACACCGGAACCUCUAUGUCUUGUUGUCUUUCUUGAUCACGUGACAAGAACUGGAUCCAGUCAGAAUAACCCUCCAACAAUUGUACACUGCAGUGCGGGGAUAGGUAGAACGGGGACGUAUAUAGCUUUGGAUGCUUUGGAGCGAAAAGGGCGAAAGAGAAAGAAAGUCAACGUAGCAGAAUAUGUCAAGAAAAUGAGGGAAAACAGGAUGAAUAUGGUCCAAACCUACGAACAGUACAUGACGGUUUUUCUUGCUUUGAAUGAAAUAUUUAAGUCGCCAGUUAACAUCAGCACUAUAGAAGACUUUUCCAAAAAGGUCGGGAAUAUGACGACUGAUGAACCAGCCAAUCAGAGUAUUGUACGAAAAGAAUUUCAGCUUUUGAUGAAGAUAAGACCUGUGUACACUGACGCUGACUUUAUGAUUGCCAAAGAAAUUUGUAAGGAUGGACUUUUGACAGGUGUAUUGCCUUUGGAUAAAUACAGUGUACAUCUUUCAACUCCAGUUCAGAAUCGAGGAAGUUUCAUCAAUGCCAUAUAUGUACCAUCAUUUACCAACAGUAGAGCAUUUAUUGUAACGCAGUAUCCUCCAGCAGAGGACGCUGUUGACUUCCUGCGCCUGCUCGGUGACCAAAAGUCGGACACUGUCAUCUGUUUGGAUCCGUUGGAUGGGAUUGAAUCGAGUAAGGAGUGGCUACCGGAUCAAUCCCCUAAAACAGUGCCUCCCUUCACCAUCCAGUUUCAAUUAAAAAAUGAAAUUGAUGUCAGAAGCACCAUCCUUCACAUUCGUCAGAAAAAUGGUAAGAAGUCUCAUUCGGUGACAGUUAUAGAACCCAAGUUUAGAAUCAAAACUUCCGGAAGUCCUCUGGAUACUUCUCAGCUUCGAAGUCUGGUUUCCGUCGCUCUAAGCGUGAAGACAGGAAAUCCUAUAAUCAUUGUCAGCAGCGACGGAGCUUCCCUUUGUGGUGCUUUCUGUGCAGUUCAUAACGUGGUACAGCAAAUUAACAUGGAUAAUAGAGUUGAUGUCUUUACUGCAGUUAGACAAUUUCAAGUUCGUAGACCAGCUUUUUGCUCCAGUCUUGAAGAGUAUGAACUUGUCAUCAAAGCUGUGCAUGAUCACAUUCAGCGAGGCACUGAAAACAUCUACUCUAAUCAAUAAUCAGGCAAUGUGGAGAGCUAGAAGCAAAGGAAUCGGAGGCUGUUUUCCCACCGAUAAAAUGAAAAUUCAUAUAAAAAAAGUUCCAUGGAUUCAUGUUGUAGUUGAUCAUUAAUUCUUUCUAUGAUUUUAUAUAUUAAUUUUGAUUUUUAUAUGCACAAAAUCUCUAUAGGAACAGGAAAUAAAG